AAUAUAAAUUAUAAAAUGCCUUAUCAAGGAGGUGGCGGCGGCUAUGGUGGAGGUGGUGGCUACGGCGGCGGUGGUGGUGGUGGUGGCAGAUAUGGCGGAGGUGGUGGUGGCGGCGGCCGAGGGGGUCGUGGAGGCGGCAGGGGCGGUGGUGGAGGACGUUACAAUGAUGAAGCCGACACAGAUCCUAAUGCAGAACAGUUUAGAAAGCUCUUUGUUGGUGGACUGAGUUAUGAAACCGAUGAAGAUGGUCUCAGGACACACUUUGAAACAUGGGGAGAAAUAGUUGAUUGUGUAGUGAUGCGUGACCCCAAUACCAAGAGAUCCAGAGGUUUUGGUUUUAUUACAUACAAAGACUCAGCAAUGAUUGAUGAAGCCCAAGCUAACAGACCGCACAAAAUAGAUAACAGAGAGGUUGAAACUAAGCGUGCUAUGCCAAGAGAUGCUGCAGGUACAAGUAAUCAUCAGUCUGUGAAGAAAAUGUUUAUUGGGGGGAUGAAAGAUGACACAACAGAAGAUCAAAUAAGAGAAGUCUUCAGUCCAUUUGGGUCAAUAGAAUCAAUUGAUAUUGUGACAGAUAAAAACACAGGCAAAGUUAGAGGGUUUGCCUUUGUUAGUUUUGAAGACUAUGAUUCAGUGGACAAAGCUGUUUUAAAAAAGAGACACGAUCUGAAUGGGCGAAAAGUGGAGGUCAAAAAGGCAGUUUCUAAAGACCAAAUGGAAGGUGCUUCACGGGGAGGUGGUAUGGCUGGCAGAGGAAGAGGACGGGGAGAUAGCUAUGGUGGUGGUUAUGGUGCAAAUGGAGGCGGAUAUGGAGGUUACAGUGGUGGUGGUGGCGGCUUUGGAGGUGGCGGUUACGGCGGAGGAUAUGGACAGGGCUGGGGAGGCUCAGGAGGCGGCUAUGGCGACUACAACAGCAACUGGGGAGGAGGUGGUGGUGGUUUUGGUUCCAACUAUGGAGGUGACUAUGGUGGUGGCCCAAUGAAAGGAGGCGGUUAUUCAGCCCGUGGACAGGGUCCAUAUGGAGAUAAAAACGUAUCAAACGUUUCGUCGGCAGGUGGCUAUGGACAAGGUGGUGGCGGCUAUGGAGGAGGUGGUGGUUACAGACGCUAAUCUAAUUUUGUUGUGCUAUUCAUACAAGAAAAAGGCAGGCAGGCAAAGGUUGUAAGCAGAUUAAGGAUACUAGAAACUGGAAGAUUUAGCAGGCAGGCAGUUCAGACUUCAGGCUUAGAUAGGGUUGUAUGAUCAUCAGCCUAGGGAAUUCAUCCUAUCUAGUCUCAAAGCCUUCCAAUCAUCAAUUGCAACAUUAGGGUUUCCUAGCAACAUUACGAGCAGUCUACUUGAGUGUUAGGAAAUCAGAUCAGGUAGCCGCGUCAUUACUUCAGUGUAGUCACAUUGCUCUUAUUUUUCAAUGUCAAAUCAGUGUUAUUUUCGUAAAGUAUCCUUGUUAUUGCUAUUAUAUUAUGAAAUAAAAAUUCUUCAAGGAAGACACAAUUGAGAAGUUUUAGGGCCACAUUCUUUAUUUCUUGAAAUGGAACUCCUUUUUCUUGCUUCCAUUAGUACUCUAAAGAAUUAAUUAUUCUAAUGGGACAUAACAGGGGUUAGUUGUGAGACUAGUAGCUAGUUUUUAGCCCUAUUUUAGAUCUUCAAUUAACUGUGCCUGCCUUGAUAUUUUUAGAUUAGUCAGUUGUAUUGUCAGAAUGUUAUUGCCUGCGUUUUAUCAUCUAUGUAAGAAAAAGCCUGCAUCAGAUUUUUAUCAAAGUAUUGCUUUUACUUUCCAUCAUCUGCUCAUUUAUCAUCUCAUCUUCAUUGCCAUAUUGUGAUGGUCCGGAUAUUUUACAUAUGUGGGGGGAGGGGGGUGGGUGGGGAAUUAUUCCUGACCAUCAUUCAUACAUACCAUUGUUCCUUGGUGUUCUUUUAUGUGAAUGUUGUUUUGUCUUGUACUUUUAUAAUUUUUUUUUUACUUGAUUGUUUGUGGAAUAAAUUACUUUUAUCCCAUC